AUGACCUUCCAUAUGCCGGUUGGGUCCGAUGGACACCCGCCACAAAACUCGGGGUCCGCGGCAGAGAACCCGCGGCAGAGUAUCCGCGGCAGAGGUCUUCAGACUAGAUACUCGGAAGUGAAGUGCCGGAUACGAUUGGAAGAGCUCCAUGGUGACGAAAUUGGACAUGGGAGAUACUCGGCACUCGCCCCAGCUUCCUUGAGCACGAGCGACGACGUCCGGCAGGCUGAGCUCUUCCAUGUCUGGGUUAACACCGCCACAAAAUGUUUCCAGUUUUACUUGAGUAGUGGCGGUUUCCAAAAAGGCCAUCUCCACCCCGCGUCCGAUUCGCUCGAAUCAGCACGUCACCAAGCAGGCAAAUAUCCCUUGGGUUAUUAG